AUGGACAUAGGGAUCUGUGGUGGAGAACUCUGGCUGCAAAAAUUGCAGAAAGAAAAAACAAACCUAAAAAAUCAGUUGACUGACUUUGAAGAACGUAUUGAGGCAAUGACAUCACAUUUGAAAAACGUCAGACAGGAGUUCAACUUUACACAGUCUCUUUACAGAGCCAGAGAGAAUGAAAUUAAAACUGAAGAGCACUUUAAAGCCGUUGCUGAGAGAGAGCUUGGACGUCUCAAAAAAGAGAUUCAACGGCUGAAAAAUGAGAUGGUUUCCUUAAGAGAAAAGAAAAAUAGUCAAGAAAAUAAUAUAUUCAAAGCCACUCAAAAGCUGGAAGCCUUAAGAUGCCAGAUGAACUGGGAUCAGCAAGCUCUGGAGGCGUGGUUAGAGGAAUCAGCUCAUAAAGACAAUGAUGCAGUCAUAAUCCAGAAGUAUGCUCAACAGGAUGAUGGGAAAUUUAAAGUGCUGACUCACCAGGUAGAAACGAUGACUAUGGAAGCUAAUCAGAAACGCAAAAUUCUUGACAAUGAGCUUACAGAAACCAUAAGUGCUCAGAUAGAGCUGGAUAAAGCAGCUGAAGAUUUUCGCAGGGUUCACCAUGAAAGACAAGAGCUCAUCAGACAGUGGGAAAGUACAAUAGAGCAGAUGCAGAAAAGAGAUCAAGAAAUAGAUCAUUGUGCUUUGUUAUUUGCCAAGGUAAGACAGGAGAUCCGAAAGAAAGAAGAUGUGAUUAAAGAGAAGAUUUGCUUUUUGGCAAACGAGACUGGGAACAAUGUGGAGUAUGAAAAGAAAAUUUCUGUUGCUGACCGUCAAGCUGCCAAACUCAGAUUAGAUUACCAAACCCAAGAUGCUUAUAGAGUUCAACUCCAGGAUGAGCUGGAUACUUUAAAAGGCACUGUGGACAGAACUGCUUCUGAUUUAGAAUCUCUGAGAACAGAAAUGGCAAAUCUGAAGAAACAAAUCCAGGAAAAACACACCAGGCUAACUUACAUUAAAGACCAGAACGUGAAUCUUUCAAAUAAACUGAAGUUUGUGACAGAGAAGACAUUGAGUUUAGAAGAAAAAGCUUCCAGGAUGGAAGAAAUACUAAAAGAAGAGGAGAAAAUUGUUAAGGAAAAAGAAACACAAAUGAACCAGUUGAAAGAGCUCCAUUUCAAAAAGACUCAGGAGUUACAGGUACAGAGAGAAAAGGAGAAAUGUAUUAUUGCAGAAAUCGAGGGAACACGAGCAUCACUUAAAAACCUUAACAGUCGGUUAUGCAGACUUGAUGCAGACACCUUAAAGCAACAGGAAAUCAUGUAUAAUCAGGAUUUUUAUAUUCAGCAAGUGGAACGACGACUGUCACGGUUAAAAGGGGAAGUAAAUACAGACGAAAGGCAAGUUCUGGAAGCAAAAGUUGCUGAACUUAAAAAGACCUUGGAAGAAAAGAAAGAUGCAUAUAAUCUUUUACAUGCCCAGCACAAGAAACUUCAGAGCGAUGUCUAUUUUCUCAAGAGAGAGAUGGAUAAAACAGGAGAAGAAAUGACUGGCCUGAUGAUCAGAAUAGAUGAACUAAACCUUUUCAGUGACAAAUCAGAUAAAGAGUUAAAAAAAGCCAGAGCUCUUAAGCAGGAUUUGAUGAUUGAAGAUAAUCUCUUAAAACUGGAAUUGAAACGUCUUCGAGACACACUGUACAAUAAGGCGGAACAAGUUCUCUCACUGGAAAAACGAAAGCUACAAUUAAAUACAGCUAUGGAAGAAAGAACUGAAGAAAUUAAGGUUCAUAAGGCAAUGAUUGAAUCACAGAUAAGAUUUGUGGAGCAGGAACGGCAAAGCAUAAGUGCUGAAUUUCAAGACCGUUUAAGUAAAAUUGAAAAACUAAGAUGCAGAUAUGAAAUUCUUACCAUAGUCAUGAUGCCUCCUGAAGGAGAAGAGGAGAAAACUCAGACAUACUAUGUCAUUAAGGCUGCCCAGGAAAAGGAGGACCUUCAACGUGAAGGUGAUGAGUUGGAUGCAAAGAUCCGCAAGGCUGAAAAAGAAAUCAUAGCCCUGCAAAAUACCAUGCACGUGAUCAAUAAUUGCAACAGCAAUUACCGGAACUCUUUUAAAACAGUGACAGAAACAAGUGAGGAGUACAAAGAAAAGCUGCAGUUAGAAGAAGAGAAAAGAGCUGCUGAUGAAAAAUACAGAUACAAGCGAAGACAGAUCAAGGAGCUUCAAGACGAUGUUCAGAGUAUGGAAAACACUUUAGACAUCAUGAUAAGGGAGGAGGCAGUCUAUCAAAAAAGAACAAAUGAGAAGCAAGCUCGUAUUUUGCAGCUGAAUAAAGAAAUAGAUCAACAGAAGCCAAAGCUAGAAAGAGUUAUAACACAGUGUUCCAGGCUGUCCAGAGAAGUUCGAUCUUUAAAGAAAAGUAAAAUGAAAACCCAAGAAGAAGACGACAUUGACCUCCGUGAGCUGAAAGACUACAGCAGAACCAUUGACAAAUUGUUGGUUGAAAUUUUAGAAGCAAACCCUGACUUAACUAUACCCUUCCAAACAUACUUUCAACAGUCCUGUUUAGAACUUCCUACUGCUGCUUCCAUAGGUAGUCAUUACAGUUCUAGAUCAUCUUCUUCACAAAGCUCAGUGGCUUCUGUCAGAUCAACCAGGAGUGCCACAGGUUCUGUUUCUGGCCAGGCUUCCCCACUUAAAGUUAUAGAUCUGAGUUUAUCGCUCAGUUCACCAGAAACAGCUGGCUCACCACCUUCAAGUGCAGCUAGCAGCUCCAGUAGUCGUCAUAGCAGAAAGAGCUUGAAAUAAUAUUUUGAACUCUACUGUACUCCAGCGCACUCCCAUCAUGCUAUUGCUUCUGAAUUGGUAAAACUGAUUAAUGCACAUUUAGAAAAUUCUGGCAAUUUAAUCAGAAAUAUUUACUAAACUAAAGUACAUGUUUUAAUAUAGUGGUUAGGAAAAUAUUCUGAUAAUAGUUGUACAAUGAGUUAAAUAAUCAUCUAGACAGAAUGACUGUUUAACAAAUAAAACUUUAAAUGAAAUUGUG